UUGUUUUCUCCAGUCCAGUCCUCUGCCUGCAAGCAUCCUAUCAGCAGGCACUCUGCCUGCAACAACACAGACAAUAAAUACUGCCGUAACUCGUCUCUCCAAUCUACUGUUGCAGUGCCUGUACUGAGCUUCAGAUCCCAUGUUGUGCCACCGAGCUGACUACACUGUCCUUCAACGUAAAGCACACAAGCAACAAUCUACGAGUAUGCUCGCGACAACGUCUAGGUACGACCACUCCCAUGGUACCCUGUCUUUGACGCCUGCUGUUCAUGACACUGUUUCGAAUAUCGGAAGGAGUGGUCGACCACUCACCCCUCUGCUGAGUCUGUCCAUACCCUCCACUUCACUUUCUCUCUUUGAGCCAGAACCUCCCAGAGAUACACCUUUGCAGCUAUCCAUAAUUACUCAGCCCACUGUACUUCUGAUUGUGAGACGUAGUCAGAGCAUGCAACGCGCGCGUACAAACACGGCUUUGCCUGUGGCCCAAAUCAGCUCGUUCAACGCUCCGGAUCUCAACCCCGGUGCACCACUCACACUUGCUUCGCACUGUCGCAGUGUGUCCAUCUCCUCAAUCCACUUAUCCACUCACGCCAAUGCCAACGCUCACACUUACACUUUCAGCCAGUCAAUCUCACAACCUGUGUCACAAGCGCAACAGCAACCUCUACAACUUGUGCAAUCUUACAACCCACAUACACGCGUAAUUCAACUCGUAGGGACGGAGCAACGACUAAAACGUAGUGACGAAGACUACAUCAAACGAUCCGAAAACGCAUCCAUCCUCUUUCGUCACGAAUGCUGUUUGAAAAAGAACAAGGCAGAGGCAGCUCGUCAUACACUUGAAUCCGACUCGCCCUCUGCUUAUAGUUCGCUGUAUGGCUGCCCUUCGGAUAUUCGUACACAACGUGCAGUGGCGUGCGCGAAGUGGAAAUGGCGGACUUUGCUGAUUUUGAGAUGGGUGAUGCGGAGUGAUCGAAAGGACAGGGUCAACUGCAGACGUGGUCAUAACCGUUGAGCCUCUCAAUGCCCUCGCUUUCUGGUGGUCUGUCUGGAUCUGGUCAAGGGAUGGGCCUGGCAAUCGACACCCGUAAUGCACUCGUUCGCCGCUCGAGUCUGAUCCGAUCCCAACCUCUGCCUACUCGUAUUCGCAUCACAGCAGACACGGACACUCUCACUCGCUCUCUGCACAAAUCUUGACACAGGCUGCACUAUGUAUGUGUUUCAGUUUAUUUUCCUUAAUUAUCGUAGAUAAUGA